CCUAGGUACGAAGGGAUGGUACUCACUCAAUCGUGUCUUUCUCCGAAGACCUAAAAAUAAAUAACAAAUCACUUCAUCACCCCCUUUCCACCCGAUUCCAAUCAAUCUGAGUGGGACGACGAAACAGCACCGCCCAGAGAUUUACCAGCAGUCUAUCUUUUGAUAUUUUCAACAACCCCGCGUCUCAUCAAUCUUGACCAAUUGUAACAGAAGCCUGGUGCCAACGGACAACCUUUGGUCUCUGUACGAUACAGUGUACUAGGUAGGUGUACUGGGUAGUUGCCAAUUUUUGUUUGGUGCCUCCUUCCUAUUCUUCUCUUCAAGGUUCCUUUCGGAUUUUAGAUAACUACCUAGUAGAUUUAGGUUUUAGAAUUUUAGGAUUUCGGAUUUAGCUUAGAUCUGCGCUCAAUAAAUGAUACUCGAGUAUCUACUGAGGGGCGACCCAUUCAUUACUACGGACUACUUAAAACCCCCAUGACCCGACCCCUCCACCUGCUCUUCCCAUCUUUUCUCUUUCACUCUUCCUCAUCUUUGCACAAUCUCAUCCAAAUCCACGAUAAUCAUACCCAAAGCAAUUACUUUUCAUUGAAUCACAUAUAUAAUAUCCAUCAUGACUUCAGUUCAGCUCAAGACGCCACUCACUGGCGAUUAUACCCAGCCCACUGGAUUGUAGGUUAUUUUACCCCGCAUUCCAACAUGUCGGGAACGUCUACGCCGCAACGACGCAUGCUAACAAGAUUUUUCAUCGUCACAGGUUUAUCAACAAUGAAUGGGUUAAAGGUGUUGACGGAAAGACCUUUGAAGUUAUCAAUCCUGCCACCGAGGAAGUGAUCACUUCCGUACAUGAAGCCACCGAAAAAGAUGUCGAUAUUGCUGUCGCAGCUGCACGAAAGGCUUAUGAAGGAGCAUGGAGACAUGUUACACCAGAAGCUCGGGGUAAACUACUUGUUAAGUUGGCAGAUUUGGUCGAGAAGAAUGCCGAUCUAUUAGCGGCUGUCGAAUCUUUGGACAAUGGAAAGGCAAUCUCAAUGGCAAAGGGCGAUGUUGCCGCCGUUGCUGGAUGUUUGAGAUACUAUGGUGGAUGGGCAGAUAAGAUUGAGGGCAAGGUUAUCGACACCGACCCAGAAUAUUUCACAUACACAAAACAAGAGCCAGUAUGUCGUCUCUUUCUUCGCACAUAAUUCAGUUGCUAACAAUUCCUAGAUUGGUGUUUGCGGUCAGAUUAUUCCAUGGAAUUUCCCACUACUCAUGUGGUCAUGGAAGAUCGGUCCCGCCGUCGCAACUGGUAAUACUGUCGUUAUUAAGACCGCCGAACAGACUCCUCUGUCCGCGCUUGUCGCCGCAACCUUAGUUAAGGAGGCUGGUUUCCCACCAGGAGUGAUCAACGUCAUCUCCGGGUUCGGUAAGACUGCUGGUGCCGCCAUUGCAUCUCACAUGGACGUUGACAAGGUUGCUUUCACUGGUUCUACCCUUGUUGGUCGUCAAAUCAUGAAAGCUGCUGCUGGAUCCAACUUGAAGAAGGUCACGCUUGAACUUGGAGGUAAAUCACCAAACAUUGUUUUCAACGAUGCUGAUAUUGAGAAUGCCAUCUCAUGGGUCAACUUUGGUAUUUUCUACAACCACGGACAAUGUUGUUGUGCUGGUUCAAGAGUUUACGUUCAAGAUGGUAUCUAUGACAAGUUCGUUGAGAGAUUCAAGGCUCGUGCUCUUGCCAACAAGGUUGGAGACCCAUUCCACCACGAAACAUUCCAAGGUCCACAAGUCUCCCAACUCCAAUAUGACCGUAUCAUGGGUUACAUUGAUGAGGGGAAGAAGGCUGGCGCCACCGUUGUUACUGGUGGUGAGAGACACGGUGACAAAGGUUACUUCAUUCAACCCACAAUUUUCUCCGAUGUCACCGAAGACAUGAAGAUUAUGCAAGAGGAGAUUUUUGGACCAGUUUGCUCCAUCGCUAAAUUCUCCACCGAGGAGGAAAUCAUUAAAAUCGGUAAUGGCUCCAACUACGGUCUUGCCUCCGCCGUUCACACACAAAACCUCAACACUGCUCUUCGUGUAUCAAAUUCUCUCAAGGCGGGUACAGUUUGGGUUAACUGCUACAAUAUGCUUCACCACCAAGUACCAUUCGGUGGAUACAAGGAGUCGGGAAUUGGACGUGAAUUGGGCGAGGCAGCUUUGAGCAACUACACGCAAACCAAGUCUGUGAGAAUCAGAUUGGGUGAUGCUCUUUUCGGUUGAAAGAUUUUUAAUGUGUAAAAGGGUUCUCAGCUUGUACGAUUUUGGGGGAUUUAUGGCAAUAAUAGCCCUGGGUUUCGGUUCUUUGAUAGUUCUAGCGUGUACGAAUGAAAUUAAAAUACCCAAGAAAUAUUGAACGACAGUGAUUGUUUCGCUCUUACAAUGUUUGCUUUUCCACAAAUAUGUACAAUCGAAUAAUUACUGGCCAAUCUGCACCCAUGCGUGCCCCUAACCGUAUAUGGCUGUAAUCUCGAGGGCAGAAAAGCUAGAUUUAUUUCCUUUCCUGUCUUCUAAAUCGUUCAGAAUACAAAGCUAUCUACUCCAUUUUUAAAGGUUCCAUGAGUCGAGGGAUUGAGAUAAGUUGAAAGAGCGAUUAUUGAGUGUCAGUGCACUCAAAAAUUCUUUCAUUCAAGGAGCUCCGAGAGAGCAAAGCCUCUAAGGUCCAUGGUUUUCCAUAAGAUCAAUUUUUUCUACGAUCUAAAUCAUCGAUACCCAUUCCGUUCUACUAUAUGGUGGUCUUUGGUAUUCAAAUCCUGUUCGACUUGAGGUACGAUUAUUCUGUU